GCUUCAAUUGUUUUACCGUUUCCCAAUGAAAAAUCAUUGCAACACAAUUUCAAUAUCAAACCAGAAUGAAAGUCAAAAUUACCCAAUUCACCCAAACAGUGCAACACAAACAUACUGUAUCUAUCAAUGCCAAGAAAGCUGUUAGCACAGAGCUAGACAAGAAAACGUAUCCAGUCCUUUCUGUGAAGGGUUUGCUCAAACACACCGCUGUUGGGUGUUACGUGUCCACGUCCAGCAUGAUUUGAAUAUAAAGAUUUGAAUAAAGGCAGCAACUGUCCAUUUAUCAAGAUCGCUCAGUUCGUUAUUGUACGUGGUGCAGCGAUGAGCAAGUCAACAGGCUGCUGCCAGGGCUUUCUACAUUAUGCGUUUGACUAUGAAACGCCAAAAACUCUGAUUAUUCCCAGCAUACGUGUCGGAUUUGUCUUCAGGUUCACGCAGUUCUUGUUGCUGCUGUAUGUGGUGGGGUAUGUGUGUGUGGUGCAGAAAGCGUACCAGGACAGAGAAUCUGUCAUCAGUACUGUCACGACUAAAGUGAAGGGCUUUGCCUUUACCAACAUCUCCAACAUGCAGCCUCGUUUUUGGGACGUGGUGGAUUACAACAUCCCCCCACAGGGAGAUGAUUCAUUCUUCGUGUUGACGAACAUGGUCAUGACCCCCGGGCAAACCCAGUCACGCUGUCCUGAGCUUCCAACCCCUUCCACUACCUGUGUGGACGACUGUGACUGUGUGGAGGGUUAUAAUGAUCCUCGAGGGAAUGGUAUACAGACAGGACUGUGUGAAAACUAUUCCUCCACUGUCAAGACCUGUGAGGUUCUCUCCUGGUGUCCCCUGGAAAUAGACACCAACCUACCCAAGCGAGCACUUCUGGCGGAGGCUGAAAACUUCACUGUGCUGAUCAAAAACAGCAUCACCUACCCAAAGUUCAACUUUCACAAAAGAAACAUACUGUCUCACAUUAACUCCACGUAUCUGAAGACGUGCGAGUUCAACCGCCAAACGCACCCCGACUGUCCCAUCUUCCGCCUGAAGCACAUCGUCUCUGAGGCCGGCGAGGACUUCCAGGACAUGGCUGUGAAGGGCGGUGUUCUGGGUAUUCUUAUUGACUGGAGCUGCGACCUGGACUGGUGGGCAAGGAAGUGUUAUCCCAAGUACACCUUCCGCAGGCUGGACAACAAACAUCCAGUCAACAAUGUGGCCCUGGGAUACAACUUCAGGUUUGCAAAGUACUACAGGACGGCAGAGGGAGAGGAAGUGAGAACGUUGAUCAAAGCGUACGGGAUCCGUUUUGACGUCAUCGUGUUUGGAACGGCGGGGAAAUUUGGAAUUGUACCGACCAUUGUGAACCUGGGUGCAGCUUUGUCCUUUCUGAGUUUGGUUCCCAUGCUUGCAGACUGGUUCAUAUUGACCUGCAUGAAGAAGAGAGAUCUUUACAGCAGACAGAAAUCAACGUAUCUGGUUGAGGAAUCUGAGGCCGAAUCGGCAUCACUGAGCACAACGUAUGGAACCCAGUAGCAGCCUGGAGUCAGCAGGAGAAUUCAUUUUCUUCAUAUAAAUUCAUUCUUGCUCUAAAUAUGUCACAGAUAGAUUGUCAGAAGCCUUAAAUAAAACUGCUCAUGUGUGUAAA